UGAAGUGAGAUCGAGGAAGGGGAUAAAACAGUUCCUCGUAAGGUCUUAAGUUUGUAGCCGCGGAAAACUGUCAUUUGUGGAACUUUCAACAUGUCGACUUCACCUUACCACAUAGCGUCUCUUUUGGACAAGAUGACAUCCAGUGACAAGGACUUCAGGUUCAUGGCAACAAACGACCUGAUGGCUGAACUUCAGAAAGAUUCCAUAAAACUGGAUGACGACAGUGAAAGGAAGGUUGUUCAAAUGCUUUUGAAAUUGCUCGAGGAUAAGAAUGGUGAAGUACAGAACCUUGCCGUUAAAUGCCUUGGCCCUUUGGUCGGCAAAGUUAAGGAACACCAUGUGGAAACCAUAGUUGAUUCACUCUGCUCGAACAUGCUAUCAGACAAUGAGCAACUGAGGGACAUUUCAAGUAUUGGUUUGAAGACAGUUAUUGGUGAAUUACCCCCUGCUUCAUCUUCAUUGGCUGCCAACAUCUGCCGUAGAAUAACUGGAAGACUGACAAAUGCUAUUUCCAAGAGCACUGAUAUUUCUGUCCAGCUUGAGGCCUUGGAUAUUCUUGGUGAUCUGUUGAGUAGGUUUGGAGGGCUCUUGGUAUCAUAUCACCAGUCUAUUCAGCAAGCUCUGCUACCACAAUUAACAAGCGCCAGGCUCGCAGUCAGAAAGAGAACCAUCAUUGCACUUGGUCAUCUUGUUUUAAGUGCAAACAGCAGUUUGUUUGUGGAACUAAUGGAUCAUUUGCUUACUGAACUGAAGCAAAAUGCCUCGCAUUCUACAACUAGGACUUUUAUUCAGUGCAUAGGAGCAAUAUGCCGUCAAGCAGGUCACAGAGUUGGAGAACAUCUGGAAAGAAUCAUACCCAUGAUAGUGCAAUAUUCUAAAGUUGAAAAUGAUGAUGAGCUAAGGGAAUACUGUAUUCAGGCAUUUGAGUCGUUUGUAUGCAGAUGUCCCAAAGAAGUAACCACUUAUAUUCCAAAGAUUACAGAGCUUUGCCUUGAGUUCAUUUGCUAUGAUCCAAACUAUAACUAUGGAAGUGAUGACGAAGAUGAAAACAUGGAAACAGACUUUGACGACGACGAGGAGGAGGACGAAGAUGACGAUUAUAGCGAUGAUGAUGACAUGAGUUGGAAGGUUCGCAGAUCUGCAGCCAAGUGUUUGUCAGCAGUGUUGGGAUCAAGACCAGAGCUUUUGUCGGAGUUCUACAAAUCAGUUUCACCAGCACUCAUUGCCAGAUUCAAAGAAAGGGAAGAGAAUGUCAAAGCUGACAUAUUCGCAGCAUACAUCACUCUGCUGAGACAAACCAGGCCUGUAGCCAGUCAGACGCUGGACGCUGAUGCGAUGGAAGAUGAUUCAGGCCCUGUGAAUCUCCUGACCACUCAGAUACCAUCCAUUGUCAGAGCUCUGCACAAACAGCUGAAAGAAAAGAGUGUGAAAACCAGACAGGGAUGUUUCCAUCUAUUGUUGGAGCUUGUUGCUGUUUUGCCCGGGGCUCUCUCUGAUCACAUAAGUGCCAUUGUUCCUGGAAUACAGUUUUCCCUUGGAGACAAGAGCUCAACAUCAAAUAUGAAGAUCGACACCCUCGCUUUCCUUGGCUGCAUUCUCUCUCAACAUCCACCCAAAGUUUUUCAUCCACACAUUCGUGUUCUAGUUCCUCCUGUAGUAGCAGCAGUAGGUGAUCCAUUUUACAAGAUCACUUCCGAAGCUUUGAUGGUCACUCAGCAGCUGGUCAAGGUCAUCAGACCUCGCGGAGUGCCAGCAAGUGAAUUUGAGUUCAAGCCAUUUGUGAAGGACAUUUACCAGUGUACCCUUGUCAGACUUAAAGCUGCUGAUAUUGACCAGGAGGUCAAAGAAAGAGCCAUAUCAUGCAUGGGUCAGAUUCUGUGCAGCCUCGGCGAUGAACUUGGUCAGCAACUACCCCAGUGUCUCCCGAUAUUCCUAGAUAGACUGAGAAAUGAGAUCACUCGGCUUACUACUGUCAAAGCUUAUUCACUGAUUGCCGGAUCGCCACUAAAAAUCGAUCUCAAUCCAAUACUAGGUGAUUCUAUGCCAAUUCUUGCCUCCUUCUUGCGCAAGAACCAAAGAGCACUCAAGUUAUCUACUUUGACAACCCUAAAUGUUUUGGUUACGAACUACGGUCAUUUAUUGUCUCAAGAGAACAUUUCUGGAGUACUGACGGAAGUUCCGCCCCUAAUCAGUGAAAGCGAUCUUCAUAUCUCUCAGCUUUCUCUUACAUUGUUAACGUCGGUUGCCAAGAUCCACAAGGAUAGCAUGGCACAGGCUUGCACCUCCACUCUUCCGGCCAUCAUGGUUUUGAUAAGAUCACCACUUCUUCAAGGUGGAGCUUUGAAUGCCACUCUCACUCUUCUUACUGAGCUGGUUACUUCUGGAAUGAAAGGAAUGGGAUUUAAAGAUCUCUUCCAGAUGUUAGUUACUCCUAUUUACUCUUCAAGCCAUGCCAGUCAACAAAUAGUCAUCCACAAACAGGCUUUCCACUCCAUUGCCAAGUGUGUUGCAGCACUUGCCAUGUCGUGUCCCUACGAUGGAAAAUCUGUGGUAAAUCAGUUCGUUAGAGAUAUUCAGAGUGAAAAGGUGGCCGAUCCCUUACGUUUGUUUUCCCUGCUGUCAUUGGGCGAAAUAGGAAGACACAUUGACUUAAGCAGUCAUCAGGACCUAGCUGAGGCCAUCUUAGAUUGUUUCUCAUCACCAUCCGAGGAAGUCAAGUCAGCAGCUUCUUUCGCACUAGGUUUGUUCUAUCGCUUGCUUGUUAACUUCACGUAGAUCUAAUACGAAUAUUAUAGUAUUUGAUGAAUAAGCAAGUUGAAUGGAUAACUGUCAUUUUUGUACCAAUUUUCAAUAUAGCGUCGAAAGUAAUCCUGCAUUGCUUUAGUUUUGUUAUACUUGCUCUCUGAUUGGUCCAAAGAAAUGCACGUUACCCCUCUCGACCAAUUGGA